AUGUCGACCUCCUCAGCCUCGGGAGAGGCACACUUUGUCAUUGGUGGCUCUGGUUUCCUCGGCUCGCGUCUCGUUCUAGCUCUGCGUCAACGUGGCGAAAAGCAUGUUUCAGUCUUUGAUCUGCACGCUGCUCGACAGCCCAUCGAAAAAGUGGACUACUACACGGGCGACAUCACUUCUGAGGCAUCGCUGCGUGAAGCGCUCAUCCAGGUCCGCGACAAGGCCGGCAUCGAUGCGGGUGCUGGCAAAGGCAUCGUCAUCUACCACACGGCCAGCCCUGUCGCCGGUCUCGGUCCGGAGAUCUACCACAAGGUCAAUGUCGUCGGCACGCAGACCGUCAUUGCUGUCGCUCAGAAGCCCGAACUUGCCGUCACCAAGCUUGUCUUUACAUCGAGCGCAGGUGUGGUGUACGACGGCAACGACCUGAUCAACGUCGACGAGCGCCUUCCGUACCCCACCAAGCCCCUUGACGCCUACAACGACACAAAGGCAAAGGCGGAACAACUUGUCUUGGAAGCCAACAACAAACAACCCGGGAAGCUCAAGACUGUAGCUCUGCGACCUGCCGGCAUCUUUGGCAUUGGCGACCGACAAGCGCUUCCCGGCUUUUUCAAUGUGCUUUCCACGGGAAGGACCAAGUUCCAGAUCGGCGACAACCAGAACCUCUUUGACUGGACCUACGUUGACAACGUCGUUCACGCCCACCUGCUCGCAGCCGACAAGCUCGAUGCUCCCGGAUACGCUGCCGACAAGCUGGGCGACGUCAUGAUCUCGUCCAAGGUGCUCGCGGAUGACGAACUCGAAUCGCAACGCGAGGUGCCUACCAGCGAGGCCAGAGACGACACCCCUACCGGAUCCACCGACUAUGCGCGCAAGCUGGCCACGACGCUCAGCCCCGAGACGCUCAAGCACGAACUCAACGUGCGUCCCGUGAUUCGCAACAAGUACGACCAAUUCUUCCACAUGAUGAACCCGGAGGUGGUCAGCCCAGGCAAUCCGCUGCCCGAUCAGUUCCCGCUGGUGGAAGAAUCCGUUCCAGUAGCAGGAGAGGCCUUUUUCAUCACCAACGGCCAGCCCGUCCCCUUUUGGGAUUUCCCUCGUGCGCUGUGGGCAGGCAUGGGCCACGUCGUGCCUGAAGACAAGGUGUGGAAGCUUUCCAAGGAUUGGGGUCUUACCUUGGCCGGCUGGGCCGAGACGUUCUCAUGGUUGACGGGUAGAGAGUCGCAAUUCACCAAGUACAAGGUGACGUACACGGCGAGCUCGCGUUACUACAACAUUGAAAAGGCGCGUAGAGCGCUGGGCUACUCUCCCAUCGUUAGCGUCGAAGAGGGUAUCCGAAGGAGUGUAGAGUGGUGGAAGAGCGAACACCCGGAAGACAUCAUUCCGACCAAGGCUUGA